CAUGGCCGCCCCCAUUGGAAAAUAAUAAUAAACUUCAAACCCGGCGGGUGCGCAUAUCAGAUAGAUCUAGAUCUUGGCUACUUGAACACAUUUCGUUCUGCGAAGUAAGCAACAACUAUCUUGUUAAAACUGGUACGGGAGACAUCAAAAUGACCUCAUUCCCAGUUUCUCACAAGACAAUAUUUGUUUUGGAUCACUCUUCCUAUUUUGCCCAGUCCUGCAAACAACCCAUUGAGUAUGAUGUGCUGCGUUCUAAGGGCUCAGGGGUGAUCCCAGCUGCUCCCAUAGAAAAAUCUUUAUGGACUUGUAAUGUGGAAGGUUUGCAGGAAUACUUGCGAGUUGUGUUUGAUAUCUACCCUGUGGACAAACAGGUGCGAGUCAUCAGUGGAAGCAAUGUCAUGAACGGUUGGAAUGACAGUGAUUGUGUCAGUGCUGUUUUGAUGAAGUUAGCUUUGCUGGGCCCACCAAAAGCUAAAGAAGAUCCCGACUACUCUCUGCUCCAUGGUUUGUCCUGUGCCAUAGAGACCCUUCGAGAGCCCACGUUGCAGCAACAAGCUGCCAUUGACCAAGGGGAGUCGGUGAAGAAUAGGGGACGCAUUGUCUGCCUGACAGCUUUGAAAAAUGAGAACCAUGUACAAACCAUACAGGAGUACGUUCUUGAAACGAUUCAACAAUACAGCAAGAUGUCUGUGUCGGCAGAACUUCUCCCCAUCGACUGCUGUGAGCUGGUGAUCGUCCACAGUGUGCCCGUGGACGUGGAGCUCACCCUUCUCAACCGGGCACAAGUCGAGCUGAACUCUGUACUGAGCUCCGAGGUGGUGGUGACGCUGUCCGGCCGCCACUUGUACAACACAUUGGUGGCUCUGUGCUGUCGGCACUUUGAUCUCACCUCCACCACCGUCACUGGGAUUCCCAUGAAGAACACGCAGAGGGUUUGGUUAUCCAGUCCAAAGAAGGUCUUCCCAUCGAGACAGCGCCCCUCAAGUGGUGCACGCCCAAGUCGAGCGUUGUCGAGCUGCACAACUGUUCUGCGGCCUACCGUAUCUGUCCAGUGGAUGUGAACAGUCGUCCUUCCUCUUGUCUCACAAACUUCCUCCUCAGCGGCUUUCGGCGAACUGAUGAAAGAAAACCGACUAGCACCUACGUCGCCCGCACUUCAAGAGCGUUAUGGACAGGUCAAAGGCUAUACCAAAGAGAGGAGCAGUACCGACAGCUGUGGGCGGAGGUGGAGUCUCUGGUCCGCGCAUUCGCCGACACGUCAGAGCAGCACGCCAAGGUGCUGGACUGCGUCCUUGAUUGCAAGAAACCGGGCGAUGAAACUGUCGGUUCGACCCGGAAGUCGUCAGGGGUCAAACGAGAUGAGGUCAAAGCUGGAGCCUUGUCUGAAGUGGAGCAGACGUGGCAGGAUUUAGACCGGGAGCAGACAACCGGGGGCACCAACCAGACAGCAGGGACAAACUCUCCCAGAAAGUAGUGGGCAAUUAACUUAACAGCUUCACAUUUUGUUUUAUUUUUCAUAUUGCUCUUUUAUAAAAGCUGUACAUGUAAUACAGUCUAGCAUGGACAUAGCGAAAUUGGCAGGAUGCGGAAAUCAUCUCGUUAUGUGCAAAGUUUGCUAGAUAGGCCCAGUGUGUUUUAAAUUCGAAGAAGAAAAAGGUUGAAACCUGAAAAUCUGGUCACUAUACUUGUGCAUGUUUCGUUAUAUAUUUGUGUCAGACUGUCCUUUGAUGAUAUAGUGCAGUGAAGCAGACGGAUCACAAAGGUUUGGGCUCUGUCCUGUUUGCUAAACUGUUGGGAGUAGUUACUAGUUGCCAGGGGAAGCCAGUCUCUCUAAACAAUUGUAUCACAGUAGCAAGAUUCUAUGAAAGGGUGACUGAAAGCGGGGACAAUAGGGCAGUACUAUCAGAGAAAUAUCUUUGAUAACUUGUUUUAUUGUGGUUAUAUAUAUAUAUAUAUAUGUGUGUGUGUGUUAGACUACUACGAACCUGUUCUUGUAUCGCAUAUAACUAUUAUUAAGUAUGUCACCUGUGAAUGGCCCUUUUUGAGAAAAUAGUCGAAACUGGAAACUGUCGAGAGAAAAAUAGUGGCCGUCUUAAAAAGAAAAACGUUUUCACAGUAUCAUUGUAAUGUAAAAAAAAAAAAUCCAUAGCAGGAAAGUGGCCGUUUGUACAUGUGAUUUGUCUUAUAUGCGGGUGACCGUUUGAGCAGGUUUGACUCUAUUACGCGGGCAAUAUUGCACACAGACGUAAGUCAUUUUUGGCAGCCUUUGAGAUACAUCUGUAUGCGAUACUGUCCGCGAUUAGUAUUGAUGAACAAAAUAGAGACAAUACAUCAAGACAGACAGUAAAAAUUAAAAAUUGUGAUGACUGCCCUUUCACCCCUGUAGUCUCCAUCAAGUGCUUUUGUGUGCGCUGUUACUGUUUCUUGGCAGAAAGGAAAACAAAUAGAGAAGUACUCCAAAUGGCAGGAUGUGAAAGAUCCAUAAUCAGAACCAUCAUAAAAAGACAAUUGAAAUUUUUUGGCCACGUAAAUAGAUCAAAUGGACUAGAGAAAUUGCUGCUGUGUGGAUAGAUAGAGGGAAAGAAGAGCAGAGGAAGACAAAGAACGACAUAAACAGAUGACCUGAACAACUUUGCAAUAAAUGACAUAAGAGAAAAACCGAGAUGAUCAUGAAGACAGGCAAGAGGAAGGAAUGAGGUAACAUGAUCAUCAAUGUCUGCUCCAGAUCUGACACCUGAAGAAGUUACUGUUUAUAGUGUUAACUUAGUGGUACCAUUCCGAGCUGCAUUGCUCAGGAACCUGGAAAAGAAAAGUGGCACCUCCCAACCACCCACUUUUGAGAUUACGAGUGCUGCUAUUUGGUUAGUCUUUGCAUGACAACUGAAAAAACUUUAAUGUUAUAUUUUGACAUUUUUCUCACAUGAUUUAUUAAAUAAAUUUCUAUAUAUUUUGAUGCUUAAAUAGAUAUGUGUCUUUCAUUACCAUGGCUUUGUAAAUGUCCCAUUAUGUAGGUUACUUUCAUAAGUUCCUAGUCCUGUACUGAUAUAUAUAGGUAAACAUUUCUGUAUCCACAUUGUCUCCUAUGGAUUUGAUGUGUGUGUAUACAUGAUACAUGUUGUAAGGCAAGACUUUCAUUUCACAUUGUUCCAGAGUAGUCUUGGUCGUUACUUGUCAUCUGCUAUAUAUGAAUAAAUGUAUGACAUCAUGGUAUCCCU